AUGGCUGAUGAUGGCCCGCCUCCGCUUCAAGGGGAGUCCGAUGCCGAGGAAGAGCUAGAAGAAGAGGAAGACACCGAGAGCGAGGACUCGGAGGAGGGGGGAGACGCAGAAAGCGGUGACGAGGAUGGGGGGGGAGAGGACGAGGAGGAGCCCCCCCCGCCCAUGUGGGACAAUUCCGGAUCCGAAGCGGAAGAGGAAAUACCGCGGCCGCCGAAACAGUCGAAGAAGGCGCCGACCAAGAAAGCCGACAAGGCUAGCAGCGGCGGGGGGGGGAAGAGCGGCAAGCCCGCGGCGGCGGCGGCGGCGGCGGCUGCGUCGAGCAAGGCGGGGAAGGCCGGCAAGAAGGGGGCCGCCACCUCCGGGGUCUCCCCGCUCUGGACGGCGUUCGCCAAGUCGAGGGAAGGGGCGGAGCGGCUCGGGUUCACCGCCCUCAAGAAGUGGCAGUCGUUCGCGAAGGACAUGCUCAAGGGCUUUCCGGACUGGUACAGCGAUCAGGUGUUGGGCUCCAGAUCUGUUCCCCAGGCUCUCAUGAUCGAGGAACUCCCGAAUGGUUUCCCAGAGUUUUGCCACUGGGUGGCCGCUGAAAAUCACACAUCUUGCGGGGUCAAGGUGAAGGCCGGCUUCGAACCUUUCGCGAAGACCUACGUCAAGCAGGUGGAAGACGAGGGGAAACCCGUCGGCCGCUCUUCGCCGCCACCGACGCCGACUGCCGCCGCCGCGGGCGUCAGCAUGAGCGGUUCUGGCCGUGGCGGGAUGGCGGCGGGGGCGGCGACGGCGGGCGGGGUCACGUUCCGCAGCGGGACUGCGCCUGCCUCUGAGCCACCUCUCGGCGCCGGGUUGGACCCGAAGGCGCGCAAGAGGGACCGCCGCGCCCGAAAGGGCGGCACCGUCGGCAAUGGGCCCAACAUCGCGCAGAAGCUGCAGACCGUCAUCACCGAGCUCGAAGGCGUGACAGGUUCCGACGAUUACGAUGGGCGGAAGGGCGGCGCGGCGGCGAAGGCGAUGGCGGCCGGAAAUCGAGCGGAGGACGAGGUCCGCGACCUCAUGCGCGGAGAGGACAUCAUCGACGAGUCAGCGGCUGCGACAGGGGUGGAAGUGCUCGGUCCAGCCUUCGCGGACUCGAGCCUGCCCAACGGCACGCUAACGAUGCUGUCGCACCUGAAGAGGGCCAGGGCUUACCGACGCCGCGCUGAUAGACAGCAGGAGUGUCUCGAGAACGAGCUGGAGAGGUGCCUCGGCCGAUUGGCGCGGGUGGAAAAGCAGUACCUGGCCCUCGUGGCGGAGACCAGCGGACAGGAGAGCAGUCUCGCCUCCUGUUUAGCUCGCGCUAGGCCCUUGGUCAAGCAGUCGUUCGAGCUCGUCGGCGCCGGUGACGCGCGUCUAGCGAUGGACGGCUACGACGAUGCCGUCAAGCUGCUGGAGGUGCAUGUAGACAAGGCGCAGCGAGGGCGGCGGGAAGCCGAGACCCCCGAGGGCAAGGAGGCGAGAGAACUUCUCGGCCUCGCCCUCUGCAACCGGUCAGUGGCCAGCUUUAGGCUCGGCGACUGCUACAGCGGCAUGCGAGACGCGGAGCGGGCGGCUUCGGAGUGCCCCUGCCCCAUGGCCCAGGAACAGCUGAAGCGGAGCAAGGACUACCUUCAGGCGCUCGGAGGCGCCGCUGCCCCCCCCAAGUGGGCAGCAUUCGCGGGGCCCCCAUGA